UGAGUAAUCUUAAGAUUAAGCCUACUAACGUCGCAGAAUGGAAACAAAGACAUUACAUAACAGGCUAUCUUAAUAAGGACCAGGAAAUUAGGAUAUAUAUAACAGAGGUUAGUUGGUAUGAAUAUGAACUGCGAAGUCGCAAACUCAAUCAUGACGGAACCUUAGCAAAGUGUGAUAUACCGUGUAUCUGGCAAAAGAAAGAUUUAAAUAAUAUAACGUCCGAAGAGCUUAAACAUGCUGAUGCUUUUCUUUGUAUUAAUGAACCAAACUUACCAGAAAAGAAAGCCUGGGAAGGGCAAAAGUUUAUACAAUUUACUUUAGAACCUAAGACUUAUUGCCCAUACUGUCAUGAUGAAAACCACAUAUUCGAUAUCCUCGCUACGUACGAUGAGGAUUCUGAUGUACCUACAAGUUAUUUUGGAUUGGAUCCUGGAGCAAUGAAAACAAAAACACCUUUUAAUAUAACCCAACUCCCUCCCAAUUCAACACUUAUUUCGUUUAUCGCUUCCCGUGAGACUGAAUUCAGGAAAAAUUUUGUUCCAAGUCUUAUGAAACAUAUUCCUGUCGCAUCCUUCGGUGGUGUACAUCAUAACACUGAUUGGAAUAUUUAUCCUGAAUGCGAGAGGUUAGACUUCUUUGAAUCAAAGAAUUGUGUCCUUUCUAAAUAUCCUUUUUAUCUUGCAAUUGAAAAUUGUCAAGAAAAAGAUUACUCCACUGAAAAAUUUUGGAUUGC